AUGGAGAAGACGAUCGGCGAGAUGCACAUCGACCCGGCGGCGGAGAUGGCGCGGUGGAAGCGGCACUCCAUCUACCGCGUGCCGGAGCGGAUCAAGAACCUGCACAACAGCAAGGCGUACCAGCCGGAGCUGGUCUCGCUGGGGCCCUUCCACCACGGCGACCCGGAGCUGCUCCCGAUGGAGGAGCACAAGCGCCGGGCCGUGGUGCACCUCGUCAAGCGCUCGGGGCGGCCGCUGCGGGAGUUCGUGGCCGCCGUGGCGGAGGUGGCGCAGCAGCUGCAGGACGCCUACAAGGACCUCGGCGACGAGUGGCGCGGCGCCGGUGAGAACCGGGACCGCUUCGUGCAGCUGAUGGUCACCGACGGGUGCUUCCUGGUGGAGGCGAUGCGGAUGGACGCGCUGCGGGGAAAGGUGCACGAGGAGUACGCGCCCAACGACCCGGUCUUCAGCAAGUACGGCUACCUCUACCUGUGGAACUACAUCCAGUCCGACAUGGUCGUCGUCGAGAACCAGCUGCCGCUCCUCCUCCUCCAGAGGCUCCUCAUUGUCCUCGAUCACCACAAAUAUCAGGUAAGAAGGUUGGUGCUUGAUUCUCUAUGUCCGUGGCGCCGACACUUGGUUGGCAUCAAUCACCUUGGGCUCCACCCUCUCGACAUCUUGUACACAAGCCUCACCCACGGCGACCAUCAAGAACGCACCGGAUCGACGGCGUAUGUCAUGCCCUCGGCGAUGGAGAUAUACGAGGCCGGAAUCCAUUUCAGGGUGAGCGAUACCGACAGCCUCCUCGACGUCCACUUCGAACGUGGCAAGCUAAGCAUGCCGGCGAUCAGGGUUGAUGACAGGACCGAGAAGAAGUUUCUGAACCUGAUGGCGUUCGAGCGGCUCCACCCCGGUGCUGGCAAUGACGUGACGGCGUACGUGAUCUUCAUGGACAACAUCAUCAGCUCGGCCAAAGACGUGGCGCUGCUGAGAUCCAAGAACAUCAUCGAGUGUGGGCUGGGCAGUGACGAGGAGGUGGCCAAGCUACUCAACAACACGCUCAACAAAGGAGUGAUGAGCCCGGCUAGCAGGCUCCACGACGUGCAGCGGCGGGUGAAGGCCCAGUGCACGAUGAGGAGGAACAAGUGGCGAGCCAAUUUCAUACAGAGGUACUUAAGGAAUCCUUGGGUGUUUAUCUCACUUGUAGCCGCCGUCGUCCUGCUUGUGGCCACUCUAUUGCAGACUGUGUAUACUGUUUUGCCCUUCUAUAAGAUUAUUUAG